GAUUUGAUAAAAUAUAUUAAUUUUGGUUUUUAAUUUGAAAAACAUCGAACAACAAAUUUAAAAAAAAUGAGUCAUCGUGAUUUUGGUGGCGGCCGUGGACGUGGUGGGGGACGUGGCGGCGGACGAGGAUUUCAUGGUGGACAAGGUGACCGUGGACCACAAAGAGGUGGUGGUGGUGGCGGACGAGGAUAUCAUGGUGGACAAGGUGACCGUGGACCACAAAGAGGUGGUGGUGGUGGUGGCGGACGAGGAUUUGGUGGACAAGGUGACCGUGGCGGAAGAGGUGGACAAGGUGGGCCUUACCGCGGUAGAGGUGGAGGAAGCAGUGGUCAUGGUCAUGGUCCACCUGUAAGCAUUCCGGAUGGUGAACAAUAUCAAUUAAUUCGCAAAAGUCAAAUGGCUAAAUCCGAAACAGGUGUCCCAAUCGAAUUGCUUUCAAAUUUUUAUCGAAUGAUCGUUUCGGAUAAAAUUGUUUAUCAUUAUGAUAUCGAUAUCAAAGAAAAAGCUGAUGAAAAGAAACCUGCUCGAGAACAGAAUGAAAAAUUCUUGAAAAAAUAUGCCCGAAGCUUACUUCCCGAAUGGACGAAAAAGAAUGGGCAAAUAUUUGAAAAAAUUAACUAUAUCUAUGAUGGAUGGAAAAAUUUAUACACAGUCCAAGAAUUGCAUUUGAACCAAGGAUUUAUUGAAGAAUUGACCUAUGAAAUUGAUGCCAGAAAACGGGCAUUUGAAAUCAAAAUUAAACUUGUGGACAAAAUAUCCUUACGACCAUUAAUGGAUUAUUAUGCAAAAAAAACUUCAAAAGUUGAGCCAAAAAUUUUUUCCGUUUUGGACGUUUUAUUCAACAACAUUUCUGAAAUAUCAUUCACAUAUUAUCAACGAAAAUUUUUCGACACCAAUUCUGUACGUGAUUGUCAUAAUACUAAUUGGUGUCAAUUUGCACCUGGAUUUGCCAAUUCAAUACGAAUGACAGAAUUUGGUCCGGCCAUGAAUAUUCAUUUGAAAACUGCUUGUUUGAUAUCGAAAACUUUGAAUCGUGUAGAUGAAAUGGUAUGUGCUUUUAAAAGAAAACAGCCAAAUGAAUUAUCGGAUUAUGAAUUACGUGAUUUGAGCAAAUUCUGUCGCCACAUGAAAAUUUUCACCAAUCAUUGUGGUAAACGAACAUUUUUGAUUGAACGUUUUGAAAAGAUUACACCGCAGCAGAAAAAAAUUGAUGAUAAUAAAGGCACGAUUGCCGAUUAUUUCAGAAAUACUUAUGGUAUUAAUGUUAAAAGUUAUCCACUCAUCAAGACUACUGGAAAGAUUGCAAAAUAUCUACCGAUGGAGCUUUGUUAUUUGGUGGACAAACAAUUUCUUGCCAAUUCCAAAAUCGAUGAUCGUAUACAACGUGAAUUGCUUGAAAUAUCCACUCAUCGUCCGGAUGUUUAUUUUACUAAAGCAACAACAUAUGCAUCGAAAAUAAAACAAGAUGGUACUGGAUUUCUUAAAGAUUUUGGCUUAGAUUUAAUGAUGAAGCCAGCUAAAUUGAUUGGUCGUGUUUUGCCUGAACCGAAACAAUUUCAUUCAAGACGUGAUGACAAAUAUUAUGUAACACCAAGAAAAGAAUUGAAAUGGGUUCUUUUUUCGUUAGAACCUUCGAUAAGAAAAAAUGAUUUACAAUCAUUGGCUGAUCAAAUAAUUGGCACUGGUGAAAAGGUUGGAUUACGUUUUAUGCCAAAAUCGAACAACAUUCAAGCAACAGAAGAAAUUCGUAAUCACAAAGAUGUUAUUGGUAUUAUGAAGAAUAUCAAUAAGGAAUAUAACAAGGCCAAUUCUCCAUUGGAUGUGGCAUUCAUUGUCAUUCCGAGUUAUAAUCGAAAUGUUCCAUCUGUAGAAAUUUAUAAUUUGGUUAAAGCUUUCAGUGAACGAGCUGUAUCUGAUUCUAACAAUGGUGGAUUUGGUUUCAUCACUCAGUGCAUGAAAAGCGACAACAUUCGUCGACCAAAAGGUGGAUAUUUUCAGAAUCUAUUGCUUAAAGUGAAUGGAAAAGUUGGUGGCGUUAACAGUAUUGUUGAUCCGAAUGAAUUUAAAUUGAAACAAAUGAAAUUUGAUCCAUCAAGUACAAUGGUCAUUGGAAUUGAUGUUAAUCAUCCAAGCGUUACUGAAACUAGUAAUUCAUCGGUAGCUGCUGCAGUUGGCAGUUUUGAUUCGCUUUUCUCUAAAUAUACUGCCAGUUUAACCGUUCAGCCAAAAGAUCGUGAUGAAAUUAUCACACGUUUGAAUAUAAUGAUCAAUGAACUGUUGCAAGAAUAUAAACAAAAGAAUGGCAAAUUUCCGGAAACUUUAUUGAUUUUCCGAGACGGUGUAAGCGAAGGACAAUUCGAUAAGAUCAAGGAUAAAGAAUUGCCUUUGAUUCAGAAAGCUGUGAACGAUUGUGGUGGAAAAAUGAAAAUUGUUUUGUUCAUUGUUCAGAAACGUCAUCAUACUCGUUUCAUGAGUAUUAAAGGCGGUCACGGACCACGACACGAUAGUUAUAAUGUACCAUCCGGUACAGUGGUCGAUAAUUCGAUUGUGGACCCAAAAUUUGAUUCAUUUUAUGUGAAUUCACAUUUUUCACCAUUGGGUACAUCUAAACCAACAAAAUAUGUCAUCAUACGUGAUGAUUUAAAAUUGCAGCCAAAUCAAUUGCAACAAUUGUGUUUUUUCAUGUGUUACAAUUGUGUUCGUUUCCGUGGUGUCAUUGCCAUACCGACACCGAUUCGUUAUGCUGAUCUUUGUGCUUAUCGAUCCAAAUUGCAUAUUGAAGGCCAAUGCAAAUUGAGCAUGAUUAAUCCAAAAGAUGCUGAACAGGCUAUAAUUACACAAUUAAAUCCAAUGGGUUAAGAUCCAUAAAAAAGUGCAGAAUUUCCUCUAUUAUUGCUGAAUGAAAUUAUUUACAUUGCACAUUUAUUUUCAUCACAUAUUUUAUUGGAUUGGA